AUGGCUGAUUCAGUUGCUGCCGCAUAUCCGUCAUCAACAUCACCUGGAAAUCCUGAACAACAAUAUGUUCAACAUCAGUAUGGCUAUCAAUCUCAAACAACAAAUCAAGGUGGUCAUCAAUAUUAUAGCGAAGCAAGCGGUGUUGAACAACAACAAUUAACGCAAGAAACUGGUGAUGCGCAAGCAGCUGCUCAACAGGGUCAAGAUGUUAACUAUGCUCAAUAUACACGUAGUGGAGCUGAACGUGCCGACGAUCAACAAGGUGGUGGUUAUCUAGAUCAAAAUAGUAGUGGCAUCGUUCAACAAUAUGUCGGUGCUACUGGUCAACUAGCACAACAGCAAGGAGCAAAUGGUUAUAAAAUUAAUUUUGAUCCUAACCCACAGAUUAUUCGUAAACAAGCUAAUGAUGCUGUUACAUACAAACAGGAAGUUGCUGUACGAUAUUUACGUCCACCAACACCGCCACCACCUGGUCCUUUGAUUAUCAAAGAGGUACGUAAUCCAGCAUUACCACCUGCUCCACCAAUUGUUAUUCGACAACGACCACCACGACCAGCAACUCCACCGCCACUUAUCAUUCGAGAACGACCACCACAACCACCCGCACAACUUGCUCCUAAAUUAGUUACAAAACCGUUACCAGCGCCUCCACCACCACCACGACGUGUCAUCAUUGAGCGUAUGCCACCAUUACCUCCUAAACCACAAAGUAUUAUUGUCGAACGUUGGCUUCCAUAUAAACAACAAAAACGACGUGUUAUCUAUCAAAAAGCACCACCAGUUCAACCAGCGCCAGCUCAAAAAAAUCUUAUCAUUCAAUGGGAAGGUACACAAGCUCGUGUCGUCAAGGAAUUUCGCAAUUUGGGUAUUAUUAAAGCUGAUCCAAAUACUUAUGUACAACAGUACGGAACACAAUUAAGACCUACACAAGGUUUACCAGAUUUUAUUAAAGGUUUACCUACUCCUAAUCUUGGACCAGAAUAUAAUACCAUAGUUAAUCCAGAUCAAAUCGAUCCAGCAUUGUUAGCUGGUGCUGCUGGUCCCAUUGGUGGAUUUGAAGCCGCUGGCGAACAAGGUCUACUUGCCAGUGCAUCCAAUGGUUCGUUGUCUGGUGCCGGACAAACUGGAUUUAUGCAAGAUAAUGCUCAAUAUGCAGCAUAUGGUAGUGGAGCUGCAACUGGUGCGGGUCAAGGCUCUGGCGAGCAACAAGGUGGAUAUAUGUAUCAGCAGGCAGCAUAUUCGGCUGGUAGUACCGUUGAAGGUCAACAAUAUGGUGCUGAACAACAAGGUUUUGAACAACAAGAUCAAGCUGGCGGCAAUGGUUUUGUACAAAAUGUACAAUAUCAAACAAUGCCUCAAUAUGGUGUUAGUGGUUAA